AUGACUACUCCAAAUGGUACACCAAUUCUACCCACCACCAAUGAAUCUCAACUCCUCACAAUCAACACAUCUGCACAAGCUCCUCUCAAACUUACCUCCUCCAACUAUCUCUCAUGGAAAAUCCAAUUUGAAACACUCUUCAUUAGCUAUGAUCUUCUUGGAUACAUUGAUGGAUCCAAACCUUGUCCACCCAAAACUCUAACCACAAACAAUGUUGACACACUAAAUCUUGCCUACACCCUCUGGAUCCACCAAGAUCAACUGAUUUUGAAUGCUCUCAUUGGCUCUCUCUCACCCACAAUCAUCUCAUUCAUUGCUCGUGCCAAUACCUCACGCGAAGCAUGGACUAUUCUAGCAAAUACCCAUGCCAAACCAUCUCAUGGUCGCAUCAAACAAGUCAAAAAUCUUCUCAAAAAUCCCAGCAAAGGUACUAUGACAGUAACUGAUUUUCUCCACUCUGUCAAAGCACGCACAGAUGAACUUGCCAUCCUAGGCGCCCCAAUGGAGGAAGAAAAUCUUAUAGAGAAGAUCUUGGAUGGACUAGGUGAUGAGUACAAAGAACUUGUCCGUGCUGUUCAAGCUCGUGACACUUCUAUAUCAUUUGAUGAACUCCAUGAGAAACUCUUAUCCUUUGAAGCCUCUCUCUCAACCAACAUCAAAUCUGAGGUAAAUCUUCCUAUUACUGCUAAUCCCACAAAUAGGAACAAUCCCAUGAACACCAACUGGUGUCCCAACCACUUAAACUCUCCGGGUAACUCAGGCUGGCGUCCACCUGCAACCUUCCCUACCCGUCCUCCUAUGGCCACCCACUUAGGAACUCCAUCUCGCACCAAUCACCGUCUACCACGUCCAUACCAAGGGUUUUGCCAAAUCUGUGGCAUUCAAGGUCACAUUGCUAAGAGAUGUCCAUCUUUUCAGCUUGUACCAAUCCAAUCUUCCACUACAAGUGCUACACCACUAGCUAACUUUGCCACACCUUGGCAACCACGGGCUCACUAUGCUGCAAAUACCACCACUAAUAAUCCAUCAUGGCUGCUAGACAGUGGCGCCUCUCAUCAUGUCAUUACCGACUUAAACAACCUGUCUCUUCAUGCACCAUACACUGGAUCAGAUGAUGUUAUGAUUGGUGAUGGUACAGGUUUACUCAUCUCUCACACUGGUUCUGCUUUUCUUCCAUCAUCAACCACCACUUUUACCUUGAAUGAUGUUCUCUAUGAUCUUCGUAUAGGGGCAAUACUCUUGACGGGUAACACUAAGGAUGGAGUGUAUGAGUGGCCAGCUGCACAACCCGCCUUUUCUCCAAUUCUAGCCUUCUCUCAUAUUUUCCGUAUUAAAAGAAACUCUGAUGGUUCCAUUGACAGGUACAAAGCUCGCCUUGUAGCCAAAGGCUUUCAUCAAAGACCGGGUGUGGACUACCAUGAAACUUUCAGUCCAGUUGUCAAGCCUACCACAGUGAGACUUGUGCUUAGUAUAACAAUAAGUAAUGGUUGGUCUCUUCGCCAAUUGGAUGUCAAUAAUGUGUUUCUUCAAGGCAGGCUCUCUGAAAAUUUUGUAGACUAUCUGGCUCAACGGUUUUCUCUAAAAGAUCUUGGUCCACUCUCUUACUCUCUUGGAGUUGAAGUUGUCCCUCAUCGUCUUGGUAUUCUACUAUCCCAAAGAAGAUACAUUCAAGACCUACUCAAACGGACCAAUAUGGUUGAUGCAAAACCUGUGCUCACUCCCUUACCAACUAGCUCAACAGUCAUCUCCCUAACCUCAGGCACCCCUCUCUCCGACCCCACACCAUACCGUGCAGCAGUUGGUAGCCUGCAGUAUCUUUCCUUAACCCAUCCAGACAUUUCCUUUGCAGUCAAUAGAAUGGCCCAAUUUAUGCAUCAACCUACCUCUGAGCAUUGGGUCCUUGUUAAGCGUAUUUUACGCUAUUUAUGUGGCACAAUUGACAAGGGGCUCAUUUUCUAUCGUGAUUUUCCCCUCACUCUUCAUGGCUUCUCUGAUUCUUUUCAUGCCUUUUCAGAUGUGGACUGGGCUAGUAAUAAAGACGAUUAUUCUUCCACUAGUGCUUAUUUUGUUUAUCUUGGCCGGAACCUUGUCUCUUGGAGUUCAAAGAAGCAACAAACUGUUGCUCGCUCAUCCACAGAAGCAGAGUAUCGUUCUGUUGCUGCUACUAGUGCUAAACUUCAUUGGGUUGGUUCUCUUAUUUCAGAACUUGGUAUUAGCUUAACCACUUCUCCAAUUGUCUAUUGUGAUAAUGUUGGUGCUACUCAAUUAAGUUCCAAUCCUAUUUUUCACUCUUGUAUGAAACAAGUUGCUAUUGAUUAUCAUUUUAUCAGAGAUCAAGUUCAGUCUGGUCUACUUCGAAAUGCUCAUGUCUCCUCUGCUGAUCAGGUUGCCAAUCUUCUCAGUAAGCCACUGCCUACUUCUCAAUUUAUGUUAUUACGGGACAAGAUUAGCCUCUUUACUCAUGGCCUAUCUUGA